CUCGUGUGAGACUUUUCAAAGCGAAAUGAGGUGGUCGCCUAGGAAGUCUGUGGAAUGCAUGCCAAUUGAUGUAUGGCGCUAUUGAGUAGGUAAAUAGGGGAAUGUCAACAAGGCUGUGAUUCCUUUAUAUAUAACCUCAUGUCGAGCGAACAAAGGUCUUUUUAUUCUGUUUCCUUAAUUUGUAGGAGACACAGUACAUCCGUUGUAUCCCCUUAUUCAUCGUUACUCACUUGUCAAAGACACUUAUCAUUAUCAUCCACUUUAGAAAGACACUCUUUUUAAGAUAUUGAUCCAUCCAACCACAGAUAAAAUGCCCCAUUCGAAAGGCAUCCAAGUCACUUCAGAACCGGAAAAGUUCCCCCCUCUCCCCUUUUACACCCACAGGCCUCCCACAACGUGGCGUUCAGACAUGAUGCAGUCCAUCAAAAGGUGGCUCACCAUGUGCUGUAGCAGCCGUGCAGCCCAUAAGACGAGCGACGCCGCGGUUUGGAAACUAGAAGAAGGAAGUGACAAGAUAGACGAGGACUGUGAACCGCUGAUUGAAGGGGAGAGUCUGUCUAAUACGACGGGGUGGGAGACGGCAAAGGUAACGUUUCCGAAGCAUGCGGCUGCGUCGUUUAUGAUGACGGGGACAUCGAAGGCGAUGAGAGAGGCAAAUUAUGUGUUGUGAGAGUGAAGAAAAGAGGAAGAACGGGUUGGAGAAUAUAUCUACGAAGAUGGAAGAUGGGAAUUAAUGUUAUUUAAAAGGCGAUGGUGGGAAUAAUUGGCAUUUACAUCGGUUAUGUUUUAGAAUACGGACUUUUUUUUUUAAAAAAAAAAAUACCACGAACAAGAACGAGAUGUCUUUCUUUUUGC